CCUCAAAGCCAUAUAAAUCAGGCUUUAUCUUUCAAAUUUUACACAGUUGAGUGACUUCACAAUGUUGUGGCGAGCAGUUGGUUUGCUUGUUUUGUUGGACGUUGCUCUUUCAGCUUCAAUCAUCAAGGAAUUACCAGGGUUUCCUGGUCAUCUUCCCUUCAAACUGGAAACUGGGUAUAUUGGAGUGGGUGAACUUGAUGACGCACAGCUUUUCUACUAUUUUAUUGAGUCUGAGAGGAGCCCAAAACAGGAUCCUCUCUUCCUGUGGCUUACCGGAGGUCCUGGCUGUUCGUCUUUCUCCGGACUUGUAUAUGAAAUUGGUCCGUUAUCUUUUAACUAUGCAAAUUCUAGUAGAACCAAACCACAAUUUUCUUUGAAUCCCUAUUCAUGGACAAAGGUUGCCAACAUAAUAUUUUUAGAUCAACCUAUUGGUACGGGAUUUUCUUAUGCAAAAAAUUGGACAGGAUAUAAUACCCUCAAUGAUACACUAGCAGCCACAGAUUCAUACAAUUUUCUAAGAAAGUGGCUUAUAGGUCACCCAGAGUUUCUUGCAAAUUCCCUUUAUAUUACUGGAGAUUCCUAUGGUGGAAAAAUUGUUCCGAUAAUUGCAAAGAAAAUAUCGGAAGGUAAUGAAGCGGGAAUUGAGCCAAUGAUGAAUCUAAAAGGAUACGUGAGUGGCAACCCAGUUACAGAUGAAAACAUAGACUCGAAUGCAAGAGUUCCGUUUGCUCACCUGAAUGCACUCAUAUCAGAUGAACUCUUUGAGUCGACAGAAAGAAAUUGCAAGGGCAAGUACGUUGAUCCAGAUCCAAACAACACACUAUGCAUAAAAGAUCUUCUACGAGUCGAGGAGUGUUUAGAAAAAGUGAAUAUGGAACACAUAUUGGAACCUGCGUGUGCUUUUUUAUCCCCAAAACCAAAAACAUUAAAGUGGGAUUCAAGCAUUCUUAUAGAGGAUACUAAAUAUUUUCUGUCCUUGCGUCGAGCUUCCCCUGAGCCAUGGUGUCGGUAUUAUAGCCACAUUUAUUCUUAUAUAUGGGCUAAUGAUAAAAUUGUCCAAAAAGCUCUUCAUGUAAGAGAGGGGACCAUAGAGAAGUGGGUAAGAUGUAAUAAGUCUUUAAUUUACUCAGAAGAUGUCAUAUCUACUAUAGAGUAUCAUCGAUAUCUUAUCACAAAGGGAUAUAGAGCUCUCAUUUAUAGUGGUGAUCAAGACAUGAUAAUACCAUAUGUGGGUACACAGACAUGGAUAAAAUCUUUGAAUUUGACAAUUCAAUAUGAUUGGCAGCCAUGGUUUGUUGAUGGGCAAGUUGCCGGGUACACAAGACAGGAUUAUGAAAUUCCGUCCAGUUUCACAUACACGACUGUGAAGGGAGGGGGUCACACAGCUCCAGCGUACAAGCCUAAGGAAUGUUUGGCUAUGAUUAGUCGAUGGUUGGCAUAUUUUCCCAUCUAGUUAUCAAUAUUGAUGGGCGUUUUAUUCUAAUUUAAUUAAAUAAUUCAACCCUAUCAUGGUGAACAAAAUCUAGUUCAUAGAUUUUUGAGAAAUAAAUAAAUCUUAUGCACUGCUACCUUCUUUUAACUUUUAGUUUAAUAUUUACCAAUAAUUUUGCAUUACUUGAGUUUACAAAUUAGUUCUGUAAUGAAAUGAUUAUGUUAAUUUGGUUGUGAAAUAAUUAUAUUAAUCUUGUUA